AUGGUCCACUCUGACCUACUAAGGGCUCGGGCCAAUGGCACCUGUUGGCUUGUCAGCCUUCCUAGGUUGAUGCCGAUACACGCUGGCUUGUUGCUCGCCGUAGCACUCUCGUGCUUCAUCCCCGUUGAUGCUAUGCCGAAGCAUCUCACAGGGAGGGAUGCUUGGCCGAAUCUUCCUUCUGAUCCAAAUGCGUCCCCUUACUGCACGUGGUGGAUUGAUUAUCAAGGAGAAGGAACAUGUCAGGAUCUCCUCACGAAUAAUUUCGUUGAGCUUGCUGAUUUCAGGCGCUGGAAUCCAACCAUUGGACCCGAUUGCUCUGGCCUAAAAGCCGGCAACUCGUACUGUGUUGAAGCGCUGCUCGAGCCCACAGGGGUAACAUCGACUGCCACGCCCAAGACUUCAUCCUCCUCCACAUCCUACGCCUCAUCCACUCCAACUCUGAAAGCUUCAUCCGUAUCCACCACCAAGUCCUCUACGUCAACAGCCAGGCCUUCGUCUACAAUUCCGCCUACAUCGAAGCCAACCUCAUCUCCUAUGCCCACACCCACGCCAAAAUCGACAACUCCAAAGCCUCCCGUGCCAUCCACAACUACCAAGCCCGGCAACGGAAUCGAGACACCACUGCCAACCCAGCCGCAAAUAGUAGACAAUUGCGACAAAUUUUACUUCGUCAACGAAGGCGAUAGCUGCGCCGCCAUCGCCACCAAAUUCGGCAUUACCCUGGAGAAGUUCUUGAAAUGGAAUCCCGCGGCUGGAAGCAACUGUGGAGGGUUGUGGAAAGACGCAUACGCCUGCGUCUCCAUCGUCGGGGAAGAAGGUAGCACUCCCACACCAACACCCACGAAGCCUGGAAAUGGGAUAAGUACCCCUCAGCCCACGCAGCCGAAUAUGGUUAGCAACUGCGACCAGUUCCACUUCGUAAAGACGGGCGUGGAUAAUUGCCAGAGCAUUGCGACGCGGUACCGCAUCACGCUCGAUCAGUUCCUCGCUUGGAAUCCGUCCGCUGGGAAGAACUGCGCUGGGCUCUGGGGCGACGCCUACGCUUGCGUUAGCACUACCGACCACACACCCAGCCCCACGAAUCCUGGAAAUGGCGUUACCACUCCGACUCCAAUCCAGCCUGGUAUGGUGAAUAACUGUAAGAAGUUUGACUUUGUGAAGACGGGCGAAGGGUGUGAUGUGAUUACGAAGAGGAACAGCAUCACCUUGGCGAACUUUGUCAAGUGGAACCCAGGGGUUGGAUCGGACUGCAAGAGCAUGUGGGCUGAGAGCUAUGUGUGCGUUGGUGCCUAG